AUGGCCGUCGGGUGUGCGGAGGGCUACUCUCCUACCGCCGCCGUGUCUCCUUUUCGCGUCCUUUGACACCGCCCGCAGCGCAGCGGCCGGCCACGCCAGAGUUGAGGGCGCUGUCCUUGGGCCAGGUAUUGACAUAAAGAUAACUACAGCUUUCUGUGAAAAUGUCAGUUCUGAUAUCACAGAGUGUAAUUAAUUAUGUAGAAGAAGAAAAUAUUCCUGCUCUGAAAGCUCUUCUGGAAAAGUGCAAAGACGUAGAUGAAAGGCCACAGUGUGGCCAGACUCCUUUGAUGAUAGCAGCUGAGCAAGGCAAUCUGGAAAUCGUGAAAGAAUUAAUUAAGAAUGGCGCUAAUUGCAAUCUGGAAGAUUUGGAUAAUUGGACAGCGCUUAUAUCUGCAUCAAAAGAAGGGCACAUACAUGUUGUGGAAGAACUGCUCAAAUGUGGGGUUAACUUGGAGCACCGGGAUAUGGGAGGAUGGACGGCUCUCAUGUGGGCCUGUUACAAAGGCCGCACCGAUGUGGCCGCGUUGCUGCUUUCUCACGGUGCCAAUCCAAAUGUGACUGGUUUGCAGUACAGUGUGUACCCAAUCAUCUGGGCAGCAGGGAGAGGCCACGCGGAUAUAGUGCAUCUUCUACUGCAAAAUGGUGCUAAAGUCAACUGCUCUGAUAAGUAUGGAACCACCCCUUUGGUUUGGGCAGCAAGAAAGGGUCAUUUGGAAUGCGUGAAACAUUUAUUGGCCAUGGGAGCUGAUGUUGACCAAGAAGGAGCUAAUUCAAUGACUGCACUUAUUGUGGCAGUAAAAGGAGGCUACACCCAGUCAGUAAAAGAAAUUUUAAAGAGGAAUCCAAAUGUAAAUCUAACAGAUAAGGAUGGAAACACAGCUUUGAUGAUUGCAUCAAAGGAGGGACAUACAGAAAUCGUACAGGAUCUGCUCGAUGCUGGAACAUACGUGAACAUCCCUGACAGGAGUGGGGACACUGUGUUGAUUGGAGCUGUCAGAGGUGGUCAUGUUGAAAUUGUUCGAGCCCUUCUCCAAAAGUACGCGGAUAUAGACAUCAGAGGACAGGACAGUAAAACUGCUUUGUAUUGGGCUGUUGAGAAAGGAAACGCAACCAUGGUGAGAGAUAUCUUACAAUGCAACCCUGACACUGAAAUAUGCACAAAGGAUGGUGAAACGCCACUUAUAAAGGCUACCAAGAUGAGGAACAUUGAAGUGGUGGAGCUGCUGCUGGAUAAAGGAGCUAAAGUGUCUGCUGUAGAUAAGAAAGGAGACACCCCUUUGCACAUUGCUAUCCGCGGAAGGAGCCGAAAGCUGGCAGAACUCCUUCUAAGAAACCCCAAAGAUGGACGGCUGCUUUACAGACCCAACAGAGCAGGGGAGACCCCUUACAAUGUCGACUGUGGCCAUCAGAAAAGCAUUUUAACUCAAAUAUUUGGAGCCAGGCACUUGUCUCCUACCGAAACAGACGGUGACAUGCUGGGCUAUGAUUUAUACAGCAGCGCCCUGGCGGACAUUCUCAGCGAGCCCACCAUGCAGCCGCCCAUCUGUGUGGGGUUGUACGCACAGUGGGGAAGUGGGAAAUCUUUCUUACUCAAGAAACUAGAAGAUGAAAUGAAGACUUUUGCGGGGCAGCAGAUUGAACCUCUUUUCCAGUUUUCGUGGCUCAUUGUAUUUCUCACCCUGCUGCUUUGCGGAGGGUUUGGCUUGCUGUUUGCUUUCACGGUCGACCCGAAUCUCGGCAUCGCAGUGUCUCUGAGCUUCUUGGCUCUCUUAUAUAUAUUCUUUAUUGUCAUUUACUUUGGUGGACGAAGGGAAGGAGAGAGUUGGAAUUGGGCCUGGGUCCUCAGCACUAGACUGGCAAGACAUAUUGGAUAUCUGGAACUGCUCCUGAAGCUGAUGUUCGUGAACCCGCCUGAACUGCCGGAGCAAACGACUAAAGCCUUACCUGUGAGGUUUUUGUUCACGGAUUACAAUAGGCUGUCGAGCGUGGGGGGAGAGACGUCGUUGGCUGAAAUGAUCGCGACCCUCUCGGACGCCUGUGAGAGAGAGUUUGGCUUUCUGGCCACCAGGCUUUUUCGAGUGUUCAAGACUGAAGAUACUCAGGGUAAAAAGAAAUGGAAAAAAACAUGUUGCCUGCCAUCCUUCGUCAUCUUCCUUUUUAUCAUUGGCUGCAUUAUUGCUGGAAUUACUCUCCUGACCAUAUUCAGAGUUGACCCCAGACACCUGACAGUGAAUGCUGUCCUCAUAUCCAUCGCGUCUGUAGUGGGGUUGGCAUUUCUGCUGAACUGUCGCACGUGGUGGCAAGUGCUGGACUCUCUUCUGAAUUCUCAAAGAAAACGCCUCCACAAUGCUGCCUCCAAACUGCACAAACUGAAAAGUGAAGGGUUCAUGAAGGUUCUUAAGUGCGAGGUGGAAUUGAUGGCCAGGAUGGCAAAGACCAUUGACAGCUUCACCCAGAAUCAGACGAGGCUGGUGGUCAUCAUUGACGGGUUAGAUGCCUGUGAGCAGGACAAAGUCCUUCAGAUGCUGGACACUGUCCGAGUUCUGUUUUCGAAAGGCCCAUUCAUUGCCAUUUUUGCGAGUGACCCACAUAUUAUCAUCAAGGCGAUUAACCAGAACCUCAACAGCGUGCUUCGUGAUUCCAACAUCAACGGCCACGACUACAUGCGCAACAUUGUCCACUUGCCAGUCUUCCUCAACAGCCGCGGGCUGAGCAACGCAAGGAAGUUUCUUGUGACUUCCGCAACCAAUGGGGACAUUCCAUGCUCAGAUGCCACAGGGAUACAGGAGGACGCUGACAGAAGAGUUUCACAGAAUAGCCUUGGGGAGAUGACCAAGUUGGGCAGCAAGACGGCCCUCAACAGACGGGACACUUACCGCCGGAGGCAGAUGCAGAGGACCGUCACCCGGCAGAUGUCUUUUGAUCUCACGAAGCUGCUGGUUACUGAGGACUGGUUCAGUGACAUCAGUCCUCAGACCAUGAGAAGGUUACUUAAUAUUGUUUCUGUAACAGCAUGUAUCAGGCCUUGGCUGGAGGUGGAUGAUUCUGCCCCACUCAUUGUUACCUUUUUUUGUAACUAUGCCACUUUGGGAAUAUCAAAGAAUAUUCCAACAACUAAAGAUGUUGAGCCACUGCUUGAAAUUGAUGGAGAUAUAAGAAAUUUUGAGGUAUUUUUAUCUUCAAGAACCCCAGUUCUUGUGGCCCGAGAUGUUAAAAUCUUCUUGCCAUGCACCGUAAACCUAGACCCCAAACUACGGGAAAUUAUUGCAGAUGUUCGUGCUGCGAGAGAGCAGAUGAGCAUAGGAGGAGGACUUGCCUACCCCCCACUCCCGCUGCACGAGGCUCCUGCCAGGGCACCGUCAGGGUACAGCCAGCCCACAUCUGUGUGUUCGUCCUCUGCGUCCUUCAACGGGCCCUUCGCAGCUGGGGUGAUGUCGCCGCAGCCUCACAGCAGCUAUUACAGCGGCAUGACGGGCCCUCAGCAUCCCUUCUACAACAGGCCAUUCUUUGCCCCAUACCUUUAUACGCCAAGGUAUUACCCUGGCAGUUCCCACCAUCUCAUCUCACGUCCAUCAGUAAAAACGAAUUUGCCCAGAGAUCAGAGCAAUGGCCUAGGAUCAGGCCCGGCCCCAGGACCAGUGAUAGCACUGAACUCGCUCAGUGUGGACGCAGUGUGUGAGAAGCUGAAACAAAUAGAAGGGCUGGACCAGAGCAUGCUGCCUCAGUACUGUGCCACCAUCAAAAAGGCAAACAUAAAUGGCCGUGUGUUGGCUCAGUGCAACAUUGAUGAACUGAAGAAAGAGAUGAAUAUGAAUUUUGGAGACUGGCAUCUUUUCAGAACCACAAUACUAGAAAUGAGAAACGCAGAGAACCAGGUGGUUCCUGAAGACCCGCGCUUCCUCAGUGAGAGCAGCAGCGGCCCUGCUCCGCACAUCGAGCCUGCCUGCCGCCCUGCACACGCGGAGCUGCCGCACACCGAGCUCUCCAGCCAGACGCCCUACACGCUGAACUUCAGCUUCGAAGAGUUGAAUACGCUUGGCCUAGACGAAGGUGCCCCACGUCACAGUAACCUAAGUUGGCAGUCACAAACUCGCAGAACCCCAAGUCUUUCGAGUCUCAAUUCCCAGGAUUCCAGUAUUGAAAUUUCAAAGCUUACUGAUAAGGUGCAGGCUGAGUAUAGAGACGCAUAUAGAGAAUACAUUGCUCAGAUGUCCCAGUUAGAAGGGGGUGCAGGGUCCGCGGCCGUCAGUGGCAGAUCUUCUCCACACAGCACAUACUACAUGGGUCAGAGUUCAUCAGGGGGCUCUAUUCAUUCUAACCUAGAGCAAGAGAAGGGCAAGGAGGGUGAAGCAAAGCCAGACGACGGAAGGAAGCCCUUUCUGAUGAAAAGGGGAGAUGUUGUAGAUUACUCGUCCUCAGGGGUUUCCACUAACGACGCCUCGCCCUUGGAUCCCAUCACCGAGGAGGAUGAGAGAUCUGAUCAGUCGGCCAGUAAGCUGCUCCCAGGCAAGAAGCCCUCUGAAAGGUCCAGCCUCUUCCAGACGGACUUGAAGCUCAAGGGAGGCGGAAUGCGCUACCAGAAACUCCCGAGCGACGAGGACGAGUCUGGUACGGAAGAGUCAGAUAACACUCCGCUGCUCAAAGACGAUAGAGACAAGAAAGCCGAUGGGAAAGUGGAGAGAGCGUCCAGGUCUCCAGAACACAGCGCUGAGCCCAUUAGAACCUUCAUUAAAGCAAAAGAGUAUCUAUCAGACGCCCUCCUUGACAAAAAGGAUUCCUCCGAUUCCGGGGUGAGAUCCAGCGAGAGUUCUCCCAAUCACUCUCUUCACAACGAAGCUGCGGAUGAGUCCCAGCUCGAAAAGGCGAAUCUCAUAGAGCUGGAAGAUAACGGCCACAGUGGCAAGCGGGGCCUCCCCCACAGCCUGAGUGGCCUGCAGGAUCCAGUCAUGGCUCGGAUGUCCAUUUGUUCAGAAGACAAGAAGAGCCCUUCCGAGUGCAGCUUGAUCGCCAGCAGCCCUGAAGAAAACUGGCCCACAUGCCAGCAAGCCUGCAAUCUGAACCGGACGCCCAGCACCGUGACCCUGAACAACAACAGCGCUCCAGCUAAUAGAGCCAACCAGAAUUUCGACGUGAUGGAGGGGACCAGGGAGACCUCACAAGUCAUUUUGAGGCCCAGUUCCAGUCCCAACCCAACUGCAGUUCAGAAUGAAAAUCUGAAGAGCAUGACGCACAAGCGUAGCCAGCGUGCCAGUUACACCAGGCUCCCCAGAGAUUCUGCAGAGCUCCGCGCAGCAGCCCCGUCAGAGAGCACAGGCUUUGGAGAAGAGAGAGAAAGCAUUCUUUAAGUGAAACACACAGAAGUAGAAUAGGAUCGCUGUACCCUAAUGACCAAAUGGCCCUGGAGUUUGAAUCCACCUAAGCACAUCACCUUUAUAUUUCAUUUACAAAUAAUUAAUGGAUGAUAAGGAUGAUAAGACCUUUGGUAAAAGAGAGACACACUGUACAACCAAGGAAGGUCUCAGAAAUGAUAGUAUUCCGGUCAUCCUGUAUUGUCAUUGCAGUUCGAAGCGGAAACGCUCACUGAUACUAUUCUUCUCACUUUUCAGGAUGAGACAAGAACUAAGGAUAGGUCAGAAGUAUUCUAUUACACGUAAAGGGCAAAGAAAAUAAAAAUUCAGGGACUCUCUUUGUAGAACAUUUAGUCAUCAAACUUUUGAGGGAAGGUAUAGAAUUAGAUGAAGGAAAAGCAAAUUUUGCUCUUAAGAGUUUAAUCUGGAUAAGAUUUUACAGGUUAUGGAGUAGCCCAGAAGGUAAAUGCUCAUUACAUUGAGAACCAGUGUUCUGUGUAGUAGACAAAUUGCUUAUCAUAGAGUUUUUAAAUUUUAAGUAGUAAAUAUAUAACAAAGAGGGUUUUAAAAAUUGAAAAGAAUGUCAACAGUACCCCAUGUGGUACAAUGGGGUCAUUAUGAGCUGUUGGAAAAGUAGGUGGGGGAGGGGCCUUGACCCCCUAUUAACCUGGAUACUCUACUCCUCAGGUCCCAGACCUGGCUUCAGCACCAGCCAUCUGUGCCCAAGAAGCCACCCUGCUGUGUUCUGCUGCUCUUUUAAAUUGGGUGCCCAACUUUUUCUUAGGGAGCUGAGCAAUGAGUAGGGAAACUGGAAUCAGGAGCCAUCAGUCAUAAUAGGCACUAACGAGUGUUUAUGGAAGGAGGGAGUGAGGAAAUAAUUACAUCAGAAAGAUCAGUGACAACUAAUAAGUGACAAGGAAAUUUUAAUCAGGCAAAACUAAAUCAUUGCCUUCCAUCACCAGGGCAAAGUUUACCUCCUUCAUCUGUUCCUAAAUCAGCAUAUUAAUUCUAAGGGAGGAUCAUAAGAAAGGAAAAACAUUUUUAAAAAGUUUUAAAACAUAUAACAAAGCAGGGGGUUACCAAAAAACUAUAAAACUGAUGUGACUAUAAAGCUGUACUUUCCAUUAAUUGUUAGCAGAGUUGAGAGAAUGAUCAUGUUUACGUAUUGUGUGGGAUAGAGAAGUACCCUGUCGUCGUGUAUUGAAUUUUUUCUUGUCAUUUUAACAUUGCUUGUUUAUGUAGAAUUAAUCCUGGCAGAAUAUCCCUAUAAUCACAGAUAGGAUGGUAGAAGGUGAGGUCACAGAUACAAGAUUGUCUAGAGUCAGUGUUACACUUGCUAUGUUCAUCACUUACUGGAUUUUUAUUAAUGUGCUGAUAAAUUAUUUACUUAACCAGUCAUUGUGCUAAAAAUAGUUGCUCUUUUGUCUUUCAUUGCCUUGAUGUUUGAGUGUAACAGUAUUUUAAUGAAGUGUUUAUUUUGCAUGAUCUUUAACAAAUGUUUUAAGCAAAAGAAGACAGGAUGUUAUUUACAUGAUAUGUUGAAGUCUUAAAAUUUUAAUAUUUAUAGUGUUUAUAAGUUUGUAGUAUUGUAUGCCUAGUAACUGUUUCAGAGGCAAUAUUUUGUUUCUUUUCAGGUGAGUAGUUGCAGCUUACUUUCACUGGAGUACAUUCUGGCACUGUUUGUGAAAUUCAGACUAGAGUAUUAUGUGUACAAAUAGAUUUAGAAAACAAUAAAAAAAUU